AUGGAGUUCACUAAUUUGGUACAGGUUGUUUUGACAGUACACCAGUACGCAGCUAGAUUUAUCGAGUUAUCACGUUUUGCUGCAUAUUUGAUCCCUGAUAAGGAGAAGAAGGCUUCGGAGUCUUCAAAGAGGCGCAGCACUGCUGGAACAGAGGAAGAGGACUGCGCCACAGGGCUUCCUUCUCCGGUGUGCCCUUCGCUGGACACCAUAACUAUCAGUCAACCUGUUACAGAUGGUGAGGUUUUGGUAUCCGACGGAAAGACCUUUGAGCUUGGUUUCUUUAGUCCUGGUAAGUCCACCCACCGCUACGUCGGAAUUUGGUAUCACGGUGCUCCGGGACAGGCCAAGGUGUGGGUAGCAAACAGAGACAAUCCUAUUAACAACAGGUCUGGGGUUCUCUCAAUCGAUGUUCAUGGAAACCUAGUACUCAGUGUCAAAGAUAAGAGCCAACACAUCUGGUCCACAGAUAUUGUUUCAAAAUCAAGAAACAAUAGAACUAUCGCUCAGCUCUUGGAUUCAGGAAAUCUAAUCUUGACCCAUGGUGAUGGCAGAAAGAUGGUACUAUGGCAAAGCUUUGACUAUCCAACGAAUACCCUCCUUCCAAACAUGAAAGUUGGGUUGGACCGAAGAACUGGCCUGAACCGGGUCCUAACAUCUUGGAAGUCCAAAGACGACCCUGGAACUGGAAACUGGUCGUAUAAGAUAGACAGCAAUGGCUCCCAUCAGUUCUUCUUGUACAAGGGUAAGGUUCCAUGGUGGCGUAUUGGUCACUGGAGAAGCGAUGGAUGGAGUGGAGUCCCGGUAUUGCAGCGUAGUACCAUCAUCAAUAUCAGUUUUGUGGACAACGAGAACGAGAUUACCGCUAUAUAUCGUGUCUUCGACCCAACACAGCUGUCAGCAUUUGUGCUAAACGAGUCUGGUCUCCUCGACUGCUCUAUGUACAGGGAGGGAGACCGUCAAUGGUUUCUGUUUAAACCGUCCUUACCUUCAGACCAGUGUGACACAUACAAAAAGUGUGGUGCUUAUGGGAAAUGCAAGAUCGUUGGUAAUGGGUUCGAGUGCAGCUGUUUGCCUGGGUUUCAGAGAAAUGCGUCAGGCGGGUGCGCGAGGAAGCGUGGCGCAGCAUCCAUGUGCGGGAGCGGCGAUGGGUUUUCGAGGGUUCCCAAUGUGAAGGUUCCGGAUAUUUCAGCAGCACGAUUUGAGAAUGGUCUGAGUAUGCAAGAGUGUAGGCAAUUGUGCCUGGAGAAUUGUGCCUGCACGGCGUAUGCAAGUGUGGAUGCGUUGGAGGAAGAGGGGGGCUGCAUCAACUGGAAUGGUGAUCUGAUUGAUACAAGAGUGUAUGUGGAUGGGGGCCAAAAUUUGUACGUACGUGUGGAUGCAUUUGAGUUAGGGAGGGCCAAACAAUCCAUGUUGUUCAACGAUGCCAGUUUGAUACCCUUUCAAGAUUCUCAAAAACUUGAUGAAAAAGAGGAAAACCAGAUUUACCAUUUUUUUCAACUAAGCACCGUUGUUUCUGCCACAAACAACUUCUCCCCUGCUAAUAGGCUUGGACAAGGUGGUUUUGGCCCAGUCUACAAGGGUCAACUAGCCAAUGGACAAGAAAUAGCUGUAAAAACACUCUCAAAAACUUCAAGACAAGGCACAGAAGAAUUUAGGAACGAAGUUAUGCUUAUAGCAAAAUUGCAGCAUAGGAAUCUUGUUAGGCUUUUUGGUUGUUAUGAAAUACGAAGACAACUUUUAAACUGGAGGAAGCGAUUCGAAAUUAUUGUUGGGAUUGCUAGAGGAAUCUUAUAUCUUCACCAAGAUUCCAGACUGAAGAUCAUCCAUAGGGAUCUAAAAGCAAGCAAUGUACUACUAGAUGCAGCAAUGACCCCAAAAAUUUCAGAUUUUGGUCUUGCUAGAAUGUUUGGGGAUGACCAAAUUGAAGCAAAUACAAAUAGACCUGUUGGCACAUAUGGAUACAUGUCACCAGAGUAUGCAAUGGAAGGAUUAUAUUCUACAAAAUCAGAUGUCUUCAGCUAUGGUGUCUUAGCACUAGAGAUAAUCACUGGCAAGAGAAAUAACCAUUUUUAUGUUGGAAGCCCUUGCCUAAACUUGAUUGGACAUGCAUGGGACCUAUGGAAAGAAGAAAAAGCCCUUGAUAUAGUCGAUUCUUCAUUGGGUGAUGACGCAUCAUAUCCUGCUUAUGAAGUUUUGAGAUGUAUUCAAAUUGGGCUUUUAUGCGUGCAAGAACAAGCUGCGGAUCGGCCAACCAUGCUAGAAGUUGUGUUCAUGCUGGAAAAUGAAGCAAAUGUUCCUUCUCCCAACAAGCCUGCGUUUAUCAAUAGAAGAAUUAUAGAUUCUGGUCAGGAUCCCUCAACUUCUGCUGGAGCACCUGCUUCUCUAAACGACAUUACCAUUUCUGAGCUUGAAGCUCGAUGAAUGGCUGCUACCUCUCAUCAAUUAAGCUCUAAUAAUUUAAAUCCUA